AUGGAGGCCGACUCGUCCCUUCGCAAGGAGGACGGCGGUUCCAGCGAGGCGGAGGAUCCAGGUACGAGCCGCGGGAGCGCGGAGGAGCCCCGAGAGGAAGACGCCUCACUGUCUGCUUGGGUCACGGCAGAGGAGAGCACCCGCUUCAUCGGUCUGGGCCGGGCCCCCGUCCCCGCGCCGGCGCCCCCGCCUCAGGCGACUCCCGCGUCGUCCGCCGGCCGCCGUGAACCCUUGGCGGCGGCCGCCCGGCGCUGCCUGGCGCCGGUCCUGCGGGACUCUCGCUGCUUCCUCUUCUGCAUGUGCUACCUGACCUUCAUCCAGUCGCUGAUGGUGUCGGGCUACCUGAGCAGCGUGAUCACCACCAUCGAGAAGCGCUAUAGCCUGCGCAGCUCCGAGUCGGGACUCCUGGUCAGCUGCUUCGACAUCGGCAGCCUCCUGGUGGUGGUCUUCAUCAGCUACUUUGGGGGGCGGGGCCAGAGGCCGCGCUGGCUGGCGCUGGGCGGCGUCUUGAUCGCGCUGGGCGCCGCCCUUUUCUCCUUGCCGCACUUCAUCUCGCCCGCCUACCAGAUCCAAGAGCUGAACUCGUCGGCGGCCAACGAGGGUUUGUGCCUGAGCACCGACGCCGGCCGGCGGGAGCGCACCGACGUGGCGUCCUGUCCGCGGGACCGGGAGGGACACGAGCACAACCUCUACGUGGCGCUCUUUAUCCUGGCGCAGAUCCUGGUGGGCAUGGGAUCCACGCCCAUCUACACGCUGGGGCCCACCUACCUGGACGACAAUGUCAAGAAGGAAAACGCUUCGCUGUACCUGGCCAUCAUGUACGUGAUGGGCGCCCUGGGCCCGGCGGCGGGAUACCUGCUUGGUGGCGUCCUCAUCGGCUUCUACGUGGACCCCAAGACGGCGGUUAACAUCGACCAGAGCGAUCCCCGCUUCAUCGGAAACUGGUGGAGCGGCUUCCUGCUGUGCGCGGGGGCCAUGCUGCUGAUCAUCUUCCCCAUGUUCGCCUUCCCCAAGAAGCUGCCGCCGCGACACAAGAAGAAGAAGAGGAGGAAAAAGCUGGGCUUGGACGACGCGUCCAGUGACGACGACGUCCUCAAGGAGAAGAGCAACAACAACAAAGCCGUCACCUCCUCCAUGGGCUUCGGGAAGGACAUCAAAGACCUUCCCAAGGCGGCCAUGAGGAUUCUGAGCAACGUCACCUUCCUGUUCGUCAGCUUGUCGUACACGGCCGAGAGCGCCAUCGUCACCGCUUUUAUCACCUUCAUCCCCAAAUUCAUUGAGUCGCAGUUUGGUAUCCCCGCGUCCAGUGCUAGCAUCUACACGGGCUUGAUCAUCGUGCCCAGUGCCGGCGUGGGCAUCGUGCUGGGCGGCUACAUCAUCAAGAAGCUGAAGCUGGGUGCCCGCGAGUCGGCCAAGCUGGCCAUGAUCUGCAGUGGCGUCUCGCUGCUCUGCUUCUCCACGCUCUUCAUCGUGGGAUGCGAGAGCAUCAACCUGGGCGGCAUCAACAUACCUUACACCACCGGGCCGACGCUGACCAUGACGCAGAGGAACCUGACGGGCGGCUGCAACGUCAACUGCGGCUGCCGAAUCCACGAGUACGCUCCCGUCUGCGGCUCGGACGGCAUCACCUACUUCAACCCCUGCCUGGCCGGCUGCAGCAGCGUCGCCAACGACAGCGCGGGCGUCCGCAACUACUCGGAGUGCGCCUGCGUGCAGAGCCGGCAGGUGAUCACGCCGUCGUCGGGCGGCGCGGGCGGCAACCAGCUGCAGCUGGUCAUCGUCAAGACCUACCUGAACGAGAACGGACACGCCGUGUCGGGAAAGUGCGACCGCACCUGCGGGACCCUCAUCCCCUUUCUGGUCUUCCUCUUCAUCGUAACGCUCAUCACUGCCUGCGCGCAGCCCUCCGCCAUCAUCGUCACGCUCAGGUCGGUGGCGGAGCAGGAGCGACCGUUUGCAUUGGGAAUGCAGUUUGUUCUACUCAGGACACUCGCGUACAUCCCCACGCCCAUCUACUUCGGCGCGGUGAUCGACACCACGUGCAUGCUGUGGCAGCAGGACUGCGGCGUGCACGGAUCGUGCUGGGAAUACGACGUCACGUCGUUGCGCUUCGUCUACUUCGGCCUGGCCGCCAGCCUCAAGUUCCUGGGCUUCCUCUUUAUCUUCCUGACCUGGUACUCCAUCAAGUACAAGGAGGAGCGCGUGGAGCGCUGGCUCAAGCGCCACCUGUCGCCCGCCGACACGGUGGGCGGCCUGGUGUGCCACCCGGGGGGCCGCAAGGGCCACGCCCGCACCCGCUCUUGCCCCGUGAACAUCCCGCGCAGCGAGCACGCCGCACCGCCCCCCGCCUGCGCGCCACCCGGCGCCCUCAACCGCGGGGUCAGCACCCAGAGUUGCCCCGGGAACGAGUUGAAAGCAAUAACGCCGCCGCCGCCCGUCCCGGCCGCGCCGGCGCGCUCGCUGGAACAGGUGGCGCUGCGCGUCUGA